GCAGUUUUAACUUUUUAAAACUGUGGUUUCUCUCUCUCUCUCUCUCUCUCUCUCUCUCUCCCGCUCUCACUGCGCUCACGCACGCUCCUAAGCUUUUAUUACCACUGUGCUCUCUUUUUCACACUCUUCCGUUUCGAGCUCUCUCUCACACACAUUGAAUUUCAAGGUCGCGACGCGAAAUAUGAGCUCUGAAUAACAAACAAACAGAGUUGGUGUCGAUAUCAAGGCAUGAGAGAUGGUUAGAGAAGAUGCUGUAAUGGGUGGUGCCAGUGAAGAGCGUGGUGUUCGGGUCACUCGAGCAAUGGCUAGAGCUGUUUUGGGUGGGGUCUCUGCCUCUUCUAGACCGUCCUUCAAGAAGCAACACAAGAACAACAAAGGUUUCGGUAGGGUAGCACUAGCAGAUGUCACUAACAUAAGCAAGAAAGGGUGUGCUACAUCAAAAUCUCAGGCAAGAGGAGGUUACAAGAAGACUAACACAAAGGGAGCUUCCAAUGUCUCCAUUCAAGUUUUGUCAACUCAAGAAGAUGUUAGAGCAAAAUUAGCAAAAGAUUUACCCUCAAUAUCAAUGGUACAGUCACAUGACGCUAAUGCAGCUGAAAGGCAGGAAGGCACAGAGGUAGUGCAACCUUCUAUGUCUGUUAUGGCAGGUCCUCGGCUUUCAAUGCAGGACUCUACGAAGUCUGAUGAAAUCCUUCGCUCUCCAAACAAAGACGUUGAUAUGAUGAUUACUGAGAAACUAAAACUUUCAGAUGGUUUGGACAUUGUGGACAUUGAUUCAGUGGAGUUAAAGGAUCCUCAAGUUUGGAGUUCAUAUGCCCCUGAUAUAUACAAUAGUAUAUUUGUCAGGGAGUUUGAAAGGAGACCGUUAAGUGAUUACAUGGAUAUGUUGCAGCAAGAUAUCACUCCAAGCAUGCGAGGGAUUCUGAUUGAUUGGCUUGUGGAGGUUUCUGAGGAAUAUAAGCUACUUCCAGAUACUCUUUACCUUACAGUGAAUCUGAUUGAUCGGUCUCUUUCUCAAAGUUUGGUUCAGAAACAAAGGCUCCAGUUGCUGGGUGUUACUUGCAUGCUGAUUGCAUCAAAGUAUGAAGAGAUUUGUGCUCCUCGAGUGGAAGAAUUUUGCUUCAUCACAGAUAAUACGUACACAAAAGCAGAGGUAUUGAAAAUGGAGAGUGAGGUUCUAAAUCUGUUGCAUUUUCAGUUAUCUGUUCCCACCACAAAAACAUUUCUCAGGAGGUUCAUCCUAGCAUCAGAAUCUUCUUACAAGGUUUCAUAUGUUGAACUGGAAUUUCUGGCAAAUUAUUUAGCAGAGCUUACUCUUGUUGAAUACAGCUUCUUGCAGUUUCUACCUUCCUUGAUAGCUGCAUCUGCUGUAUUACUCGCCAGAUGGACCCCCAACCAAUCAGAGCAUCCAUGGAAUUCAACCAUGGAACACUAUACGAAUUACAAAGUGUCAGAGCUUAAAACUACCGUCCUUGCACUGGCAGAUUUGCAACAUGAUAUGAAAGGCUGUUCUCUGAAUUCUAUACGCGAAAAAUAUAAACAGCAGAAGUUCAGGAGUGUGGCAAAUUUGUCUCCGAAACCGGUGCAGUCACUUUUCAAGGCUCAAGUAUAAAACUGUAAAUGAUGCAUCUAUGAAGACUAAAUAUUGACUUUCAGAAUUUCUGAUACUGGAAAGGUGUAUUAUCUUUGGUUGUAAUUAUUUGGCCAUUCUAAUUAUUGUUAAUUCCCAAUCACCGCCUGAUCAGUAGUUGUAACUUGUAGGAUGGUACCAAGCUCUGGUACUUCUAGAUCUUGUAACAUGAAAUUGUUACAUCAUGAUGAUUGAUACAAUUAAAGCUGAGAAUUAUAGUACUUUGGCAUCUGUUUUGGACUCCAUUUUCAGGUAGCCGUUAGGCUGCUAUGCAAGUGCUUCAUGAUUACUUUUAUAUCGUA